AAGGGGAGCUCCUCACUGCCUUAUCCCCCGUGGAUUCCAGCCGCGCAGCUUCCCCCGCGUGUAGCACUCAUUCAUGCCUUGAAAGGGAGGCCUCUCUCGCUCAGACCCACUCCCUGGUUUCCCCUUCCCCAGGCUCCCGCCUCCGCCCGCGGCUCCCCGGUAAAUGCCACGAGGGCUCGGGCCUCCGCGCUCCUGCCGAGCCUCCUGCAGCUACCCAGGGUUCCACUUUCACUUUCGGUUCCCGGGCCCCCGAGGCAGGCGGCGGCAGGAAGGUAUUUUAAGCAAGAAGAUGGUGUCUGAAUCCCUCAGAUGGCCGCUCGCAACCAUGUCAUUUCUCCUUUCCUCACUGUUGACUCUCUUAACUGUGUCAACUCCUUCGUGGUGUCAGAGCAGUGAAACCACCUCUCCAAAAGCUAGUGAUGGGUCACCAUUUCCUUGGAAUAAAAUGCGACUUCCUGAGCAUGUCAUCCCCGUGCAUUACGAUCUCAUGAUCCACGCAAAUCUCACCACUUUGACUUUUUGGGGAACCACUGAAGUAGAAAUCACAGCCAGCCAGCCCACCAGUGCCAUUAUCCUGCACAGCCACCGCCUGCAGAUAUCCAGGGCCACCCUCAGGAAAGGGGCUGGAGAGAGGCAGUCUGAAGACCGCCUGAGGGUCCUGGAAUACGCGCCUUGGGAACAGAUCGCACUCCUGGCCACAGAGCCCCUCGUUGCUGGGCUUCCGUACACAGUUGUCAUUGACUAUGCUGGCAAUCUCUCGGAGAGUUUCCAUGGAUUUUAUAAAAGCACCUACAGAACCAAGGAAGGAGAAGUGAGGAUACUUGCAUCAACACAGUUUGAACCUACUGCAGCUCGAAUGGCCUUUCCCUGCUUUGAUGAACCUGCCCUCAAAGCGAGUUUCUCAAUCAAAGUCAGAAGGGAGCCAAGGCACCUCGCCAUCUCCAAUAUGCCGUUAGUGAAAUCCGUGACUGUUGCUGAUGGACUCAUAGAAGACCAUUUUGAUGUCACUGUGAAGAUGAGCACUUACCUGGUGGCCUUCAUUAUUUCAGAUUUUGAGUCUAUCAGCAAGAUGACCAAGAAUGGAGUCAAGGUUUCUGUAUAUGCUGUGCCAGACAAGAUAAAUCAAGCGGAUUAUGCGCUGAAUGCUGCUAUGACUCUUCUAGAAUUUUAUGAGGAUUAUUUCAGCAUUCCAUAUCCAUUACCCAAACAAGAUCUUGCUGCUAUUCCUGACUUUCAGUCUGGUGCUAUGGAAAACUGGGGACUGACAACAUAUAGAGAAUCUUCUCUGUUGUUUGAUACUAAGAAGUCUUCUGCAUCCAGUAAGCUUGGCAUCACAAUGAUAGUGGCUCACGAACUUGCUCACCAGUGGUUUGGGAACCUGGUCACCAUGGACUGGUGGAAUGAUCUUUGGUUAAAUGAGGGAUUUGCCAAGUUUAUGGAAUAUGUGUCCGUCAGUGUGACUCAUCCGGAAUUGAAAGUUGAAGACUAUUUUUUGGGCAAGUGUUUUAAUGCAAUGGAAGUAGAUGCUUUAAAUUCCUCACACCCUGUGUCCACACCAGUGGAGAAUCCUGCUCAGAUUCGGGAGAUGUUUGAUGAUGUUUCUUAUGAAAAGGGAGCUUGUAUUCUGAAUAUGCUAAGGGAUUAUCUUAGUGCAGAUGCAUUUAGAAGUGGUAUCGUGCAGUACCUCCAGAAGUAUAGUUACAAAAACACAAAAAAUGAGGACCUGUGGAAUAGUAUGGCAAGUGUUUGUCCUACAGAUGGCACACAAGGGACUGAAGGCUUUUGCUUUAAAGGUCAACAUUCAUCUUCAUCCUCACACUGGCGGCGUCAGGAGGGCCUUGAUGUGAAAACCAUGAUGAACACCUGGACGCUGCAGAAGGGCUUUCCCCUGAUAACCGUCACAGUGAGAGGCAGGAACGUACACAUGAAGCAAGAGCACUACAUGAAGGGAUCUGACAGCACCCCAGGAACUGGGUACCUGUGGCAUGUUCCGCUGACAUUCAUUACCAGCAGAUCAGACUCAGUCCAGAGAUUUCUGCUGAAGACAGAAACAGAUGUGCUCAUCCUCCCAGAAGAGGUGGAAUGGAUCAAGUUUAAUGUGGGGAUGAAUGGCUAUUACAUUGUGCAUUACGAGGAUGAUGGAUGGGAUUCUUUGACUGGCCUUUUAAAAGGAACACACACAGCAAUCAGCAGUAAUGAUCGGGCGAGUCUCAUCAACAACGCGUUUCAGCUUGUCAGCAUUGGAAAGCUAUCUAUCGAAAAAGCCUUGGAUUUAACCCUGUACUUGAAACAUGAAACUGAAAUUAUGCCCGUUUUCCAAGGUUUGAAUGAAUUGAUACCUAUGUAUAAGUUAAUGGAGAAAAGAGAUAUGAAUGAAGUGGAAACACAAUUCAAGGCCUUCCUCAUUAGGCUGCUGAGUGACCUCAUUGACAAGCAGACUUGGACUGACCAGGGCUCAGUCCCAGAACGAAUGCUGCGAACUCGACUCCUCCUCCUGGCGUGUAUGCGCAAGUAUCAGCCUUGUGUGCAGAGGGCAGAAGACUAUUUUAGAAAGUGGAAGGAAUCCAAUGGGAAUCUGAGCUUACCCAACGACGUAACCUUGGCGGUAUUUGCUGUGGGUGCUCAGAACAGUGAAGGCUGGGAUUUUCUUUACAAUAAAUAUCAGUCUUCUUUGUCUAGUACUGAGAAAGACCAAAUUGUAUUUGCCCUCUGUACGAGUCAGAAUAAGGAAAAGCUUCAGUGGCUACUAGAUCAAAGUUUUAAGGGAGAUAUAAUAAAAACUCAGGAGUUUCCAAGUAUUCUUAUGCUCAUUGGCGGAAACCCGGUGGGAUAUCCAUUAGCCUGGCAGUUUCUGAGGGAAAAUUGGAAUAAGCUUAUACAAAAGUUUGAACUUGGCUCCCAUUCUAUAGCUCACAUGGUAAUGGGAACAACAAGUCAGUUUUCCACAAGAGCACGGCUUGAAGAGGUAAAAGGAUUCUUCAGCUCUUUGAAAGAAAAUGGUUCUCAGCUCCGUUGUGUCCAACAAACAAUUGAAACCAUUGAGGAAAAUAUACGUUGGAUGGAGAAGAAUUUUGAUAAAAUCAGAAUGUGGUUACAAAAUGAAAACCUUGGGCCACUUUAACCAUUAAUUUCUUAUCAGGUUCUUGUGAUCUAUAUUCACCAAAAUUUUGUUGAAUGUGAUCAUUUUCAAAUUUGAGAUGGCUGUUUGGGAUCCAGUUGAAAAUACUUUUUCCUUCAACUAAUUCCUUAUUCAUUUGACUACUCCUGUAAAAAGACUGGCUGUUAGUUUUUCAUGAAUGGGUUAUUGCCACUAUGUGUUUAUUUACAGAUUUGCCCUUCAAUGUACAUACUCCCCAACAGGUGGAUUCCCAACCAUGGAGAAGGAAAGUACCUGUGCUGGUCUGAAUCUGUUAUGUACCUCAUAAAAGACUGUGUUCUUUUAAUCCAUUCUUGGGGUGGGUGCACACUUGUUGUGGGUGGGAUCUUUUGUUUAGGGUGUUUCCAUGGAGAUGUGACC